AUGAGCUGGCUCUCUGAACUCGAUCAGUUGAUUGAGAAGCUAAAGAGGUGUGAAUACCCAACUGAAGGCGAAGUUCAGGUUCUUUGCCAGAAGGCGAUAGAGGUAUUAGCAGAUGAACCUACGGUGAAAUUUGUUCCUGCGCCUGUAACAGUAUGUGGUGAUAUUCAUGGCCAGUUCUAUGAUCUGCGCGAGCUCUUCUUUGUUGGUGGUCACCCUCCAGAAACCAACUACCUCUUUAUGGGAGAUUAUGUCGAUAGAGGCUUUUAUUCUUUGGAAACAUUCCUUCUUCUUCUUGCUCUUAAAGUUCGCUACCCAAGUCGUAUGACACUCCUUCGUGGAAAUCACGAAUCAAGACAGACAACACAGGCCUACGGUUUUUACGAUGAAUGCCUUAGAAAAUACGGAAAUCCAAACGUUUGGAAAUUAUGCACUGAUGUAUUUGACUGCCUUACACUCUCAGCGGUCGUUGAAAACAAACUCUUCUGCGUCCAUGGAGGUCUAUCGCCUGCAAUUAGCUCUCUCGAUCAGCUUAAAUUACUCGAACGUCGCCAAGAAAUUCCUCAUACAGGACCAAUAUCAGAUCUUCUUUGGAGUGAUCCUGAAGAGAUUGAAGGAUUUACAAUCUCUCCAAGAGGCGCUGGUUAUAUAUUCGGACCUGAUGUUGUUAGCCAGUUCAAUCACUUAAAUAAUUUGGAACUUAUAGCACGUUCCCAUCAGUUAGUUAUGGAAGGAUUUAAGAUGAUGUUCGAUCAGCAACUCGUUACAGUCUGGAGUGCUCCUAACUACUGUUACAGAAGUGGUAAUGUGGCCUCAGUCCUCGAAUGCGAUGAUACAAUGAAUAAGAGCUUCAAGAUUUUCGAUGCUGCUCCACAAAGCGAACAAGGCGGAGUUCCUGAGCGUACUCUUCCUGACUAUUUCCUCUAA